GUGGCAUACCUCUGAUGAAGGCGCGCCCUGGAUAAGGAGUAUCCAAAAGACGCCAGAAACACCCAUCAAACAAUGGAGAUGUCAGGUUCCUGUAGUAAAUUAACACGCGUCAUCUUUAUUCUAUUAUUAGGAAAAAUUACAAUCCAUGUUGAUUCAAGGAUUUAUAUGAAGGAGAAGAGAUUUACAAGAAAUGAUGUCUGCAUGGAAACUGAAGCAACGAUUGAAGAUGUUUUUGAGUGCCCUAUAACUGAAGAAUCGAUGAAGGAAAGGUCAGCUAGAAAGAGAUGCGAGGAAAUCCGCGAUGUUUGUGCCGCCGAGAAAUUAGUGUAUCACUGUGUACGAUAUAAGAACAAACUCAUAGAAGUCUGUGCACCUAGAAAUUAUAUAACAGGACAAUGUUGUGUACAGUUCAACGAGGGAGUGGCUCGUAUUGUGGAAGAUUAUAGCGUUCCUUGUUCGGAGUGUCCUUUUCAUUACUUUUCAAAUGAUUCUUUAUUUUACAAUACAUGCCUUUACUCAGUUGAGUCUCUUGCUGCUAUAAAAAAUGCAACAAAGACAAUAGCUGAUACUACAUCUACGUCAACACUUCUGUUUGACGCAAUGUCAACAAAAUGCAGAUAUGCAUCAGGGCGUCGUAAAGGAUUUGUAAACUGUAGCCAAUAUGUAACAGCUACCCAUGUCAAUACCGCUGAUUACAUCCCAAACACUGGAAGAAGCGACAACAACUUACAAUUUACAGGUUCCAGUAGUGGUAUUGGUAUUAUAAUUGGAAUUCUUUCGUUCUUUGUAUUUGUCUGCAUUGCCGCUGCUGUAGCAUGUUGUAUUUGGAAAGGGAAGUCAGACAGUAUUGUAAAUAUACGAAGUUAUGCAGUAAUAGAAAAACAGCGGCGCACUUUACUAGAAAAUGAAGAAAAGUUGGUCAGCGGCUGUACUAGUUCAAUUGUCUUGGAUGGAUAAUCAAUAGUAAAACAUUCGCUCAGUAACGUUUCAAAAUAUUCCUGAUCCACCCCUUUAAGCAUAGAUUAAUUGAAAACGGUCUAAUAAAUGAAUUAAGUAUACAUUGUGUGUGUAAUCUAAAGAAAGGUAAAGAAAAAAAGUUAUAAAAUAAAUCAAUAUAAAAUAUACAUGUACACUCACUUUGUGCAGAUUUCCUUAUUUUUUUUUCUUCUUAUUUUUCCUUUCAAAUAAUUGGCCCUUUUUAAUUGUUUGUCUGAGAUUUAUUCCUGAAUAUAAUGAUAAUUAUUUACGGGAAAAUUUACUUCUGGACAAAGA